AUGUCGUCAGAAGCAGGUCUUUCGAGAUCGGGUUCGCUCACAGACUGGCUGAGAACUAGCUUCAAAGGCGGCAUGUCUUCUUUUAAGCCAAAGAAACCACAAGACAAUGCACGAUUGAAGGCACGUCUUUCGAAAGAACCGCCUUCUCGACCCAGCAGUGCUGCAGCCGCAGAGCACAUCAACGACAAGACCCAGGAUGGCAAGCCCGUCGAAUUGCCAACAAAAGAGCCUGAGAGAAAGCCUACAGCCGAGACUACGAACUCGUCCGUGAUUGAUCCCGACUAUUCACCAAAUAAAAAGGCAUUCCGGAAGAGUGGUGGCAAGCCGACUAUCCCAGCCGGGCAAUCGUUCUUCGAAGACAGCUCAAGCGACGAGGAACCAGAAAGCCCAGUCCUUCAGCGUGCCAGCUCCGUCCGAGUUGCGAACCCCGUCUUGGUACGGAAUGUCAGCAAUGCUACCGGUGCAGUCAGCCACUCGACUCCUCUUCGCAAGCAUGAUGAGCGUCCUAUCACACCUGAAAACAACAGCGACGCCAAAGAUGGUCCUGCCGACGCCCUGCGUAUGCUUGAGGCGAACUCUGCUAAGCCUCUGCCGAUGCCCUCGACACCUCCUGCAUCACAAGGCCAUAGCACGACUACGAGUACGCUUGGUGGCGAUAUCACUGCCUCGCCAGCGUCCACUGUCUUUAGUAAUGUUCAAGCCGCAUCCAGUCCGCCCUCGACACCUCCAAUCACGAUCACAACCCCUCUCCCACCUCUGUCUGCGUUGCGCUCCAAUCCAGUCACACCGACCACCGAGCUGACCUCUGCUCGGCUGUCUCGUGCUCUAUCCGCACCUACACCACCAAAUCGCAAUCCCAACCGUCGCGUUACAAUCCGUCCCUCGGACCUGGUCAUCGGUGAGGAUCACGACCACAAGCUCUUCCGCGAUUCAGUCAUUACGACGCCAUAUCCCGGGAGUGCGAGCGACAGCCUGGCCAACAAGAACAAACGCCUGUCAGAUAUACCCGAUGAGCCUUCUCGUGCCAACAGCGUCGGGAGCACUGCUAAGCCACCAAUUCAGCUGCUGUCACCACAUGCGCUAACGGCGUCACCUCAUGGUCCCGGCGACCGCGAUCGAUUCCCUUCGCUCACGAGCACUGAAUCGCUGCUCGUCACGUUGAGUCUGUUUGGAAAGCCGAAUACUGCGUCGACGGUCGAAGUCACCAUCCCACUCGCUGCUACUCAACCACGUCAGCCACUGUCGCUGCGCCGCGAGACUCGCAAAGAACGCGCCGCCCGGCCAAAUCUUACAGCACCUGACUUCGACGACAGCAACCUUUUCACUCUCCUCCGCAAGCACUACCACUCUCACCUCGUCGGCGGCCGGGCUAAACGUGUCUGCCUGCUCCCCACACGCACACUCAGCAAUGCCACCUCGAUACCCGCCAGCGACACCAUGAACACGAAUGACAUUGCCCACUUGAACGAUCCAUAUGACUUCCUCGCUCACCUUCGUGAGCCAAGUCUCGGCAAAGGCAAGCGUAAUUACCUCCUCUGGCUGCGCAAUAAUCAGUCUUCUGGACAACAAGUCAACCGUCGUGGCCCCUCAAGCUCAUUCUCAACUGCCGCGACCAUCGAGACGCCCGUCGCGGUAACUGCCACGGAGACGGGUUUCCCUGCGAAUGAGGCUUCUCCAGUCAGCACCUCCAAGAAGAGCGAUGUCCACCCAGCAUUCGGCGGCACCUUCCUCUCCUCGCCCACCACAACCCUCCCCUCGAUCCAGCACUCCACAACCAGCAACAACAGUAAGGUCUCAUACCCGCGGAUGCCCUUCCAAACCAGCCACGCGUACAAUGCGGCCUCAGUCUUCGCGCACGGCGCCCUCCCACCAUCCACUAAGCCCGCGCAAGCAACAGGGCCACACAUCGCCCUGCACCACCGCACAAACCUCCUCACCCUCUCCCUCGCAGGCUUCCUCGUCUUCCUCGCCGGGCUGAUCACUGUCAUUGUAUGGGUGCUGGUUGGCGUGCCGGGUUUGGCUGCAGGCCAACGUGAGCUUCCUUCUUUCCAUGAGAAGUUUGUUGACGCGGGUAGUACGACUGAUGUGGUUGCGACGAAUGCUACUGCACUCGCAGCGUUCGAUACAUACCGCGUAGCAGCGAGUUAUGGAGACUGGCACGUUGAUGCGCAGAUGCGUGUUCUCACCGCACUAGUGAUGGGAGGUGUUGUGUGGUUUGGUGGAGGUGUGGCGGUGCUUGGGUGGUGGGCCGCUGGCUGGAUGCUGUUGUGA